UACACAUAGUGUUAUAUUACAAUGAGAAAUCAGUCAAUACUAAAUGAAUUAUUUCUCUACGGAUUAUCUGACCUUCCGGCUCUUCAGCUCCCUCUAUUUCUCUUCUUCCUUCUCAUCUACCUUCUGACAUUCAUUUGGAAUUUUCUGACCAUCGUCCUCAUCGUCACUGACUCUCGCCUCCAUGUUCCUAUGUAUUUCUUCCUUGGGAAUCUGGCUGGUUUGGACCUCUGUUAUUCCUCAUUAACUGUCCCACGAAUAUUAUUUGACCUUCACACCAAGACAAGAACAAUUUCCAUAAAGGCUUGUAUAACCCAACUAUUCUUCUUUCUAUUCUUUGCCGGUUUUGAGGCCUUUCUGUUGGCUGUUAUGUCCUAUGAUCGAUAUAUCGCUAUUUGUAAGCCAUUACAUUACCCACAGAUCAUGAAUUGGAAAGUGUGUGUACAGUUGAUGUCCAUUGUGUGGUGUCUCAGCUUUACUCAGUCUUUGGUUCAUACACUUAAUGCCUUCAAAUUAAUAUUUUGUGGAUCGGAUAUAAUAGAAAGCUUCUUCUGCGACCUUCCACAAUUGUUUCAGAUUUCCUGCAGUGACAUCUCCAUCAACAAUCUGCUUGUCUUCAUCUUGGGUAGCUUCUUUGGAGGUGGAUCUCUAAUAUUGACCCUCCUGUCCUAUGUCUAUAUAUUCAAAGCUGUUCUUAAAAUUCAAGCUAAGGGCAAUAGAAGUAAAGUUUUCUCUACUUGUAAUUCUCACCUGUCAUUGUUGUUUAUGUAUUAUGGCUCUGCAAUGUUCAAUUAUUUUUGGCAAAGUGCCGGUCGUCAUUUUUUUGGUGACAAAGUGCUGUCCAUCCUUUACGCAGUGUUUCUUCCUCUCCUCAAUCCUCUCAUUUACAGUCUGAGGAACAAGGAUUUUAGAACAGCCUUUCAAAGUGUUUUUGGGAAGAUCUUUCCACAAGAAUAG